UUCUUUCGAUGGCGGACGAAUCCGGCGGUGGCGAUGGCGGCAGUGGCGGCGAUCCAGAGUGGCCGUCGGUGGAUGGCGCGCUGGGAGCGCAGCCGGAGAAGGCAUUGAAUCAGGCGCGCCUCCUCUUCUACGCGGGAUUCUUGCUCCUUCCCUGGCUGUGGUUCAUGAAUUGCUUCUACUUCUGGCCAGUUCUUCGCAGCCGCGCGCACAGCGCCAUUCGACCCUAUGUCGUGCUUUCGGGCAUUGGAUUCCUAGCCUACAGCGCGAUUCUACUAUCGUGGGCGCUCGCAUUCUCGAUCGGCGGAGAGGCGAUUGUGGGACGAACCCUAUGGAAGAAGCUCGCAGUGAUGACAAUCGUGGAAGAGUACCAAUUGAAUUAAAAGCUUUCGAUUCCUCGCCUAUUAAACUCCAUUUUAGGGCAAGUCGAGAGAUUCUUUCCUCGCGUUGGUUUUUGGGGUAAAGAGGGAAGCUGGAGGGAGCGCUGCUGGGCAAGAAGAACCAAUCAAUCUCACGCCCCGCGCCUCGAUUCGAAUCGGUGAUCUCGCCGCGUCGCCAUUCUCCGCCAGCGCUAUCGGCGCCGAUUCUAGGGUUCUUUGGCACGCGUAAAUGUACUAGAUUUUCUGCUAGUGGCAGAAGUAUGAAGUUUGAGGAUGGGCCGCUCAAGAGCUAUUUGGUUAAGAACCUCCAGCCCUUGACUGCUGCGGACCCGGCGUUGCUCGCAAACUAUGUAGCUGCGCUCCUCAAGAACAACAAGCCCAAGCCAGAGCUUCAGACCCUUUGCGUGGACAAACUCUUCGAUUUUCUGGGCGAUGGCACAAAACAGUUCGUAACACAGCUUUUUAAAGACAUAGAAGAUGGUACUUUGGUAGAGGUCCCAGAGGACUCUGUCUCGCCCGCUGCUCCUCCGGCUGGCGAUGCAACGACGGAAGUGAAGUCUUCUCCCACGCCCGUGACCCGGACAAUACCAUCAGCAAUUCAGACUAACGACGAUGGAGACGAGAGCUCUGACGACGAGGAUGAUGAUAGGAAUCAUAAGCACAGAAGACGCAUUUCUCGAUCGAGGUCCUUCGACAAGGAUGCCGAGGAAAACGAGAGAAGCCACCACAGGAAACGGAGCAGAUCAACGGAGAAUGGUCACUACAGGGACAACCAUCGCCACUAUGAUCACCGGAGGUCUUAUCGAGGUAGAGACGGCCUGGCUUCGCGAAUAGUUGUUGAUGGAGCUGUCCACGGAGGUGGGAUGCGAGGUGGUCUUCCGUUUAGAGAUGCUGGUGGCCCGAGGUUUUUCGGUCCUGGUCUGCAGCGGAAUAUGGCUGGUAAUGGUGGACGUGGUUGGCUUCCUCCGGAUCAAAGAUUUGCCGGGGCUUUUCCUCCUGACUUUCCACCCGCACUUCUAGCUCAAGGACCUUCCACUUCGAACAUUUUUCCCGGAAGAGUCCCUGGUGGUAGAGGUGGUCCUCCGCCGCAACCCCCGUGGGGAAACUUUGGCCUGCUGGAGAACGGAUCUUUGGAAGUGAUCCCACUCAAUCCUCGUGGAAGCAAUCCAAUGGCGAUGAUAAGCAGGACCAGGUGCUUGGACUUUGAAGAGCGUGGAUAUUGUUUGCGUGGAGACUUAUGUCCCAUGGAGCAUGGUGCAAACCGUAUAGUCGUGGAGGAUGUGCAGAGCCUCUCGAAGCUGACUUUACCGAUCGGAAACGCAAGGAAUGGAACAUCAUCGGCUCCACCAGAAAAGGUGGCUCGAACAAAUCGAGAAAGCCUUGGUGGAGAGGAUGGCAAUCCGGCAAGCACGGUGUCGGAUUCCUAUGACCCGGACCAGCCUCUUUGGGGUGGCAAGGAUCCGUCCGACAAAGUGAGGCACUAUAACUCGGAACGGCAGUGGGACAAUGGAUCGGAUCCACGGGAAGUCGGGGUUGAUGACAAAACAGGUGACAACACUUCCAAAAGUCUAGAACCAGGUGUUUCGGUAUGGGAUAGGAUCGGCCCUGUAGAUGGUGAGAAAGGUAGCGUGAAAAGGCCGAAACUUUCAGGAGCAGAGGAAGGAAAUGGUCAUAUGGCAAACAAUGGGGGUGUACAGGCUGAGAAGCACUCACAUUUGCAACGAACCGCAGCUGGGACUAGCUACAGUGGAACAGAUGGCCGGGACGAUAGAACGGAAAAGGCUCAGCGCACGCUAUACGUGCGUUGUAUUCCGACUGACACUAAUAAAGCCGAUAUUCUCAAGGGACACUUCCAGAAGUUUGGCAAGGUGCUAGAUAUUCGGAUUCCGACCAUGUGGAAGGACAGGGCCUUCGUGCAGUUUUACGAGCGGGAGAGUGCACUGGCAGCUCUUGCGUCACCGGAAGCUGUUCUUGGCAACCGAUUCAUUCAACUCGACUGGGCAAACCGUGACAACAGAGUCCACCCGCAUCCUUACGACUAUCAUCGUUCAAAGCCAGGUGCUCCGGCGGCGGGGAAAGAAGUUCCAAACGGGACGACGGCUACGCCAGGGACUCCAGCUCCGGAAGCGAAAAUGCCUGCUACGAAUGGCAUGGCUUUGCAGGCGCAAAAAAAGCAGGAGGAGCUGGAACAGAUGAAGGAGGAGAUUCGGAAGAAGCAGGAGGCUCUGGCCGCGAAGAGGAACGAGUUCAAGCGGAAGCUAGACAAGCUUGCCAAGCAGGGUGUUACGCUUCCUGCGAGUGAAUCUGAUGCACAGGCUACGGAGGAUACGAACUCGUCUACCCUUCCAGCCGCUGCGAAGUCUCCAAAAUCUCCUUUUCCUCGUCCUGGACAACAAUUUAACUCUGCUGCAGCAGCACCAUGGGGACCGUCUCGGUACAAGCUUGAUAAUAGAACGACUGUAUUCAGGAUCAUAAGUCCUCCACCUUCUGCACUUUCAGACAUAGUGGCACUGAAAGCUCAUUUUGGAACUUAUGGUGAAGUUUCCGACUUGGAAGUAGUCGAGGAAGGCAGCGCUGCCCAAGUCUCUUUUGCCACACGCCGGGACGCGGAGAAGGCUUUCGCGCAGGGGAAGUCGUGGCAAGGACAACCUCUCCAGUUCGCGUGGGUGAACAAUCCCACGCCAUCGUCAACCAUAGCUCCGCCGCCAUCGAGCUCUUCAAACUUCUCGCCCUCCAUCGCGCAGCAAGACGCGACUGUUGGAAUCGAAGGCACAGUCUAGCGUGAAGAAGCUCCUUUUCCUUUUUGCUCUCAAGUUCUAUCUCGAUCAAAACCUCUCCUCCCAAGGUACAGUACUCUAGUGUUCUUUCGUUCUUUCGUUCUUUUUCUUUCCAUUCUGGAGCUAGAGAGAAGGGAAAGAAAGCUUUGCAGCUGUUACUUAACAACAGGAGAAGAUCUCUCCAAAGCUUGUAUUCUUUUACUACUGAAAUUUCUAAUGAUCUACAAUCGUGCAUGCAAA